AUGACCCCGACACCUCCUUCUACAAACUCCUCGAGUGCUGGCCACUCUCCAGAUUACAGAGUUGUCCGGAAACGAAACCGGGUACCUUUGUCAUGCGGACCUUGUCGGCACAGAAAGCUGAAAUGCAAUCGCUCGAAUCCCUGCGAAAACUGCGUCAAACGAGGAGAUGCCGCUUCAUGUAACUAUGCGCAACCCAACUCGCGCAGGAAGGCUCCGUCUCAGCAGUCAUCCAACACACCAGAUGAUAUGCAAAACCGCAUCAACCGGUUAGAAGGCUUGGUUCUGUCACUGAUGACAAACGGGCCUCAAUCUGAGGGUCCGGCUGCUGCCAUGGCAGCAAUAUCCGGUGAUAGUAGUAGGGACUCGGCUCAGUUCUCUCAUGGCUACGAUAUCGAGGAGGAGGGUAUGGAGGGCGCCGAAGAGAGCGACACGGACCAAGUGACCAAAUCGUUUGGUGUCAUGAAGAUGGACAAUAACAAGUCCUACUACAUCAGUGAAGCCCAUUGGGCGUCUAUAUUGCAUGAUAUCUCCGAGGUGCGGAGUUACUUCAAAACGCACAGCAAGCAAGUGGAUGAGCAGGCUGAGAAAGUCAAAGCGGCCCAACCAGCUACUGAUACACCAAACGCAACAUUGUUGUUUGGUGUUAAUAAGCCGAUGAGCCGUAGCGAGAUUAUGGCUGGUCUGCCGUCCAAGUAUAUAACUGAUAUUCUUAUUGCUCGCUAUUUCAAUUGCUAUGAUCCUGCGACCCAUAUCCUUCAUGGGCCCACCUUCCAAGCACAGUAUAAUAAACAUUGGGAUGAUCCUUCCGCCACCGAACUUGUCUGGAUCGCUAUGCUGUUUGCAAUGAUGAGAUUAGCAAUGCUAUCUUACCACCGCGAGGGCGACGAGCCACCUGAAUUCCGGGGCAAGUCCAUGGACAUGGCUGGGGGGUUCCGAAAUUCUGUAGCACAGUGCUUGGCAUUGGCUGACUACACGAAAGCUCACCGAUUCUCAAUCGAAGCACUCGUGUUUCAUUUGCACGGCGAUUUCAUUCAGACUCGAGAGGCGGCCAUUUCCAUAUGGGUUAUGACUGGUGUUAUUGCCCGUUUAGCAAUGCGAUCAGGAUACCACCGUGACUCCAAAAUGUUUUCGAACAUCACGCCUUUCCAGGGGGAGAUGCGGAGGCGAGUGUGGAAUUUUGUGCGCCAAGCCGACAUUUUAUUCUCAUACCAGGUCGGAUUGCCGAACAUGAUCCGCGAUACAGAUACGGAUACUGAGCUCCCACGCAGUUUGUACGACGAUGAUUUUGAUGAAGACUGCAAGGAGCUCCCUCCAUCUCGUCAAUUGAACGAGCCGACCCCAAUCUCGUAUUUGAUUGCCAAGGCACGCCUGACGAACUCAUUCAGCCGUGUGGUUGAGCAAAAUUCUGCUAGCUCGUCAGUUCCUUACGAGAAAGUGAUGGAAAUCGACGCGGAACUCCGACAGGCAAGGGAUUUGGUACCGGAUCACUUGCGCAUUCGGCCUAUGGAAGAGUGCCAGUUGGAUCCUAUUAAUUUGAUCAUGUCGCGGUUUUCAGUAAUGGCCGUAUACAACAAAGCUCAGAUUGUACUCCAUCGCCCUUAUCUGGUUCGUGCUCGAGAAAAUCCUCGCUUCGCCUAUUCUCGAAAGACAUGUAUCGACUCGGCAAUGGACUUAUUAAAAGUCCAGGCAGUCCUGCACGCGGAAACGCGUAACGGACGCCUACGCAGUCGCCAGACCCGAAUAACUUCCCUUAGUUCAGCCGACUUCUUACUCGCAGCCACUGCUGUUGCUGUCGACCUAUACCAAGGAGUGUCAUUGCAGGGGGCCGGCCGGCCAUCGGGAGACACGUACACAUGGGGUCGAGAGCGGCGCGAUGAAAUGACUACCGCGAUCGAACAUUCGAUAGAAAUCUGGGAUGAGUCGCGUGAUGAGAGCAUGGAGGCAUGGAAAGCAUCCACCCUUCUCGGUGUUAUGCUUAAACGCGGCCAUGACUCUCGGCCUGCUAAGCAGUGGGAUGAGCCCAAUGAACCCGGGCCCACCCCCUUUGCUGAUCCCAUGUUCAAGAUGGGAGACUUGCAGAUGGGGAUGGGAGUUGGUGGCGUAGGUGGCUCAGCUGAAAUGCCGAGUGCGCCUUCACCUUUUAGCAGCAUGUUCGGGCAGAUGCCGGACAUGCAGGUCAAUUUGGAUUGGGACGCCUGGGACACAUACAUCCAAAACCCAACUCUCGACUCAACAAAUCAAUUCUGGCCUAUGAUUGACGCACAGCGCCAAUUGAACCAACAGGCCGGAGGCAUGCCUCAGUCUUUGGUGUCUAGUCCUCUGACAUCGGGGCAGAUGCCGUCAAGUAGUGGUGCCUCACGGCCACCGACAAUGUUCUCAGCUUCCUCCAACAGUCCCGAUAGUGGAGAGUCCGAGUACGAGUCUGAGUCCGAGAUCCCAUAUUUCGUGUUCUCUCGAUCUCUGGCAGUUGCUAAACAAUUCAUUUCUAGGCAUUGCUUCCGCCGGGCCGUUUCUCGGCUUCAAUUGUCCCAAGCCACUUCGCGCUCAUCGAUCACCGCGUCUGGCGCAGUGCUACGCUCAACAUGUCCUACUCCGAUUCUCGCCGCUACGUGGUUCACCUACCCUACCCUCACACAGACACGGUUGAACUCGACCAAUGAAGGCGGUCCGCGCAUUCCCGUCAGAUAUGUUGAGUCUGUCAAGCCGAAAGCAACCCCGAAUCAGAUCCGGCUGGAGAAAAAUGAGCGCCGACGUCAGUAUAUCAGCGAGGGCCCUGUACCGAAGACCACCCUGUACAUCGGAAACCUCUUCUUCGAUGUGACCGCCGAAGAUCUGCGCAAGCACUUUGAGAAAUACGGUGCCGUGGAGAACGCACUGAUCGUGCACGAUGCCCGUGGACUGAGCAAAGGUUUCGGCUACGUCACCUUCAGCACCGUCGAGGAAGCCACCGAGGCCAUCACACAGCAGCACGGAGGCAUUAUGGAAGGCCGCGAGGUGGUUGUUCAGUUCUCCAACACAACAUACCGAUCCAUGGCCGAAAGCAAGCCCAGCAAGACCCUCUACAUUGGUAACGUGCCCUACGAAUUGACCGACCAGGAUUUGCAGGACUUGUUUGAUGAUAUUCCCGGUGUCAUCGAUGUCCGCAUUCCCGUCGACCGUCGCACCGGCUUGCCUCGUGGAUUCGGACACAUCGACUUUAAAGAUCAGGCCAGCGCUACCAAUGCCAAGGAGGUUCUCUCUCGCAAGGCCCCUUACGGCCGCAAGCUGGCUGUCAGCUUUGCUAAGCGUAAGGUCUUGAGUCCCGAGGAUCACCAGCGUCACCAGCAGAAGAAGAUGGAGAAGAGGAACUCUCCUAGGCAGCGUACGUUCUCCCCCAUGAGCGAGGUGCGGGAAGUGCGUGAGGUGCGAGAGAUUGGGGAGGCGCCUCAGCAGAGUCAGACUGAGCAGGUUACUGAGAUCAAGGAGACUGAAGCCGUGGUUGAGACUGUGACUGAACAGGUCGGCGAGAAGACCGAGACUGAGCAGAAGCAGUAG